UAGACGGCGAGUGGGACCUUUUCCUGCUGGCUUUUUUGUUGUAUUUUUGUGGUAUUUUUAUAUCAAUUAUCGGUGCGAAAAGCAGACGGAAGAAAACAGAACACAACAACAAAAAAAUAGUUGCAGCAACAACGUGUGUUUUCCCGCGGCGAAGGCGGCGCCAGUUGCGAAUAAAUUGCAAAUAAUCACCUCUCGGCAAAAGUUGAGCAGAGCGAAAAGCGAAAGAGAAGGCGUGUGAGCGUGACGAAGAGAGCGAGAGAGCGGACUACGGAAUACGGAAUAUCGAACGGGAAUAGGAAUAUCGAGGCUUCGACUAGCAAACGGCAAAACCCAACUGGCUGGGGAGCAAAUGUCAAAUUGCGGCGCAUAAAUACAUUAAUUUGAAGCCCCCCGCACAAGUCAGGCUCAUCCAAAAUUACACACACACACCAGGCAGCAGUUGUCGCAACAGGAAAAAAGGAUUUCAACAACACACGAUGUACGCCGGAGCAUAUGCACCCAACGCCGGCGGCGUUCAACAGCACACAGGCGGCGGCUACUACGGCAACGGUGCCGCCGCGGGAGCGGGCGGAGGGGGGAACGGAGCCCCUCGCCACGAGCGACCCUACUAUCCGCGCAGCAACUUUGCCGGCACAGCCGGUGGAGCGGCCCUCAACGGAGCCGCCGGUGCCGCCGGUAGCAUGCACUUUGGCCAGCCGUACGGCGUGAUGGCCUACGGCAUCCAGAACGGUCUGGGCAUGGGCGCCGCUGGCGCCGGCGGCGGUAAUCCGUAUCGCCAGCAAAACGGCGUCGCCUUUGCGGGCAACGGUCUCGGCGGAGGAGGCGGAGGAGGCGCCGGAGGAGCCGGUGGCUAUGGCGGUCCACGGGGAAAGAAUCCCAACUACGCACAACGCUACCAGAAGCCGCACAACGGAGGCGGCGGCGGAGGAGGCGGUGGUGGCUACCAGAGCAACAACUACAAUGCUGCCGCUUUGGGCAUGCUCUCCAAGGAGGAGCGGGCAGAGAUCCAGCGCGAGAAGGCCAAGAAUCCCGGCCGCAACCUGGUCAAGCCCGUGUGGGAGAACCUGGAGCCCUUCCACAAGGACUUCUACAACAUUCACCCCAAUACGCUGGCCAAAUCGGAGCAGCAGGUGGCCGAUAUACGGCGCGAACUGGAGAUCACCGUUUCGGGCAACGAACUACCCCAUCCGGUGGUCAGUUUCGAGGAGAGCUCGCUGCCGGCCCACGUCAUCGAUGAGAUGAAACGCCAGGGAUUCACCAAGCCCACGGCCAUCCAGUCGCAGGGCUGGCCCAUCGCCCUCAGUGGCCGCGAUCUGGUGGGCAUUGCCCAGACGGGAUCCGGCAAGACGCUGGCCUACAUGCUGCCGGCCAUUGUGCACAUCGGCAACCAGCCGCCCAUUUUGCGCGGCGAGGGACCCAUCGCCCUGGUUUUGGCUCCCACACGUGAGCUGGCCCAGCAGAUCCAGUCGGUGGUGCGCGACUAUGGGCACCUGUGCAAGCCCGAGAUCCGCCACACUUGCAUCUUUGGCGGCUCCUCGAAGGUGCCGCAGGCACGCGAUCUCGAUCGCGGCGUCGAGGUGAUCAUCGCCACGCCAGGACGACUGAUCGAUUUCCUCGAGAACCGCAACACCAAUCUGCAGCGAUGCACCUACCUCGUGCUGGACGAGGCCGAUCGCAUGCUGGACAUGGGCUUCGAGCCGCAGAUCCGCAAGAUCAUCGAGCAGAUUCGCCCCGACCGCCAGGUCGUCAUGUGGUCCGCCACCUGGCCCAAGGAGGUGCAGGCCCUCGCGGGCGACUUCCUCAACGAUUACAUCCAGAUCAACAUUGGGUCGAUGAGCCUGUCGGCCAACCACAACAUCCGCCAGAUCGUCGAGAUCUGCACCGAGAUGGAGAAGCCGCAGCGCAUGGUGCGCCUGCUCAAGGAGAUCGCGCCGAGCAACAAUUCGGCCAACAGUGGCAACAAGAUCAUCAUCUUUGUGGAGACGAAGAUUAAGGUGGAGGACAUUUUGCAAAUCAUCCGCACCGAGGGCUACACCGCCACCUCGAUUCACGGCGACAAGACGCAGAACGAGCGUGAUUCCGUGCUGAAGGACUUCCGCAACGGCAAGUCCAACAUUCUGAUUGCCACCGAUGUGGCCUCUCGCGGCCUCGACGUCGAGGAUCUGCAGUAUGUGAUCAACUACGAUUACCCCAACUCCUCGGAGAACUAUGUGCACCGCAUCGGACGCACUGGCCGCUGCCAGCAGCUGGGCACUGCCUACACCUUCUUCACGCCCGACAAUGCCAAGCAGGCGCGCGAGCUGAUCUCGGUGCUCGAGGAAGCCGGCCAGACGCCGUCGCAGGCGCUGCUCGAUCUGGCCCGUUCGAUGCCCAGCUCGGGCGGCUAUCGCGGCAACAAGCGGUGGAACAACAACGGCGGCGGCGGUGGUGGAGAUCGCAAUUCUGGCGGCCACAACGGCGUCUAUCAGCAGCGCAACAGCAAUCCGCUGAACUACCAAGCGGGCAACAGCUACAACAACAAUCGCGGCGGUCCACCAGCUGGUGGUGGCUACCAGCAGUAUGCCGCUGGCGGCAAUAGCUAUCAGCAGAACGGAGGAGGGGGAGGCAACUGGAACCGAAUGAACCAAAUGGGACAGGAUGGCGGCCAGCAGCAGCAGCAGCAGCGCAACGGCAACACCUAUCGUCCGCGGGCUCCGUUCAAUAAUGGAGGACCACGUGCCAUAAUGGGUCACCAGGGCGGCGGUGGAGGAGCAGGAGGCGUGGCUGGUGGCCCGCAGCCGCACAUGGCGCCCCAGCAGGGCGGUCAGUACAUGCCGCAGGCAUAUCGCAGCCGCGGACAGUUUGUGCCGCAGGGAGCGGGAGCUGGGGGAAUGCCGCCCAGAUUCCAGCAGUAUCCGAAGAGGGAGUAUCAGCAGCAGGGAGUGCCGCACUAUGGACAGCAGGCUGUGCAGCAGCAGCAGCAGCAGCAGCCGCCGCCGUCGGUGGUGCAGCCAAAGCCGCCCAAGGAUGAGGGCAACAAAUAUGCCCAGGCGCAGCCGCCACCGCAGGCUGCGGUGACCACCUCGCUGGUCCAUUACACGCCGGCCAAUUCGCCACCGAUAGCGGCCGUAGCCACUGCCACGCACGGAGCCUCGUACAUCUACGAUGCGGCCGGAGUGCUGACCUCCAAUCCGGGCACCAAUCCGUAUGCCAAUCAGUUCAGCAUGCCGGCCACCUACUAUGCCGCCCAGCACCACCAGUUCGCCCCGGCGGUGGCUGGACCCGGACCGGGACCAGGACAGGCCAUCGAGCAGGCGGGCCACCAAUAAGAGGAAGAGCAGCAGCUUUAGCAACAAACAACAACCAACAAGC